UCAGCUGACAUCUCGAUAAGCCGUCGUGAUAACGGGCAGCGGCGCCGGCUCGGGUGCGUAUAAAACAUUGGCGUUUGCGCUAAACCGACAACACUUGCGGACCUCGAUCCUCGUUGACAAGAGCAUCCACGCAGAGCAGAAACCCAGUCCGAAUCUCCAACAGGAUGUCCCACUUCAGCGCCACCCUCCUCCUCUGCUGCGCCGUCGUUAUCCUCGGCAGCCAGUGCGCCCAGGCGGACAUUGCUCGGGCCGACUUCAGUAAUCCCACCUAUCCGGGAAAAUGUGUUCUGGACUCCAACACGGUGAUGUCGCCGGGGCAGAAGGGAAAGCACCCCAACCAUCCUUGCGCCGGCGUCACCUGCAUGGAGGGCGGCCUCGUCGAGUUCAAAACCUGUGACGCCACGGCGCCCCCCAAGGGCUGCAAGAUGCGCGACUUUGUCAACACCAAGCGCUCUUUUCCUGAAUGCUGUGAGCGCUCGUACCACUGCCCCAACGGCAACUGAAAAGCGGACUCCCUUGUGUCACUUGUCGCGUGCGUUCCUCGUAUAUUUUCUAUUUUUUUGUGUAUUUUUUUUGUUAAUUUAUUGUGUAUUCUACAACAUAACAGUUAAAAUUUAAACGCUUAGCAGUACAAUUAAAUAAUUUAAUAGAAUCAUUAACAGAGAA